AGAUGCGUGCUGAGUGCUCUGCCUCUUUUCACUGCCAAGCCCAACGUUACUUCCUGGUGGAUGAGACAGCGCCUCAGUGUUGUCGUAGUAAGCAGACUGGGCAGCUGAAGUGAAGGUGGAGGCGGCUGUUGAUGGUCAGCAGUCACAUUACAGCAGUUAACGAGCACACUUUUUUCUGGUUUCGCUCCUUUGAAGACAAAAAUGGGAAGCACGGUGAUGGAGUCCAGCAAGGAGAGCUCAAAGAAAAUACCAAAGAAGAGGAGAAGUCUGAGGAUUAACAUGCCAGAGUUGGGUGCGUUUACUUCCCCACAAGUGGAGACGAGUGGCUCCACCAAAAGUGGUGCUCAGACGGGAGAGCGCCACAUCCGAUCAGCCAGCCCCACCAAGGGAGUGUCUGCCAGGAGCCCAGCCAGCGCCCUUCUCCCCCCAUGUCCUCAUUCAGCUCCAGUGCAAUCGAAGACCAGCUCAGGUUCACCUAAAACUAUCUUCCCCUACCCCCCCCAUCAGAACCCCUCUCCCAAGUCCCCCCAUCGCCUAAGCUUCAGUGGUAUCUUCCGCUCCUCAUCCAGCUCCACACCUGCAAGCAUCAAAAUUUUCUCCAGAACCAGGAGAGCCUCAGGACUCUCCACACCACCCGCCACCCCAACCCAGUCAUCAAGCCAGCCUGUGUUCUCCCAGGAGGCCCAGUCAAGCAGGCCCAGCCCUGAACGCCUGGAGAUGAGCUCCCGAUCCCGCUCGCUCUUCACACCUCCAGACACAGGACAGCGCCUCACCCUUCCCUCUGCUAAACCACCGAUCACUUCCUUGAGCCCCGUGCCAUCUACCUCACAACAAGUCUACGGUUUAUUCGAAGGCAUGCUGGAGAAACUUGAACUAGAUGAUGAUGCUGCUGAACCUGAGAGUGAUAUUUACAUGCGCUUUAUGAAAUCCCACAAGUGCUACGACAUCGUCCCCACAAGUUCCAAGCUGGUUGUGUUCGACACGGCACUCCAAGUUAAGAAAGCUUUCUUUGCCUUGGUAGCCAACGGUGUGCGAGCUGCUCCACUAUGGGACACAGAGAAGCAAAGUUUUGUGGGAAUGCUGACAAUCACAGAUUUCAUCAUCAUACUACACAGAUACUAUAAGUCACCGAUGGUGCAAAUUUAUGAAUUAGAGGAACAUAAGCUUGAGACGUGGAGAGAGGUUUACCUUCAAGCAACAUUCAAACCUCUGGUCAACAUAUCACCUGAUGCAAGCCUGUUUGACGCAGUGUACACCCUCAUCAAAAACAAAAUUCACCGCCUGCCUGUCAUCGACCCCGUCACGGGAAACGCACUUUAUAUUCUCACGCACAAGAGGAUCCUCAAGUUUCUCCAGCUUUUUAUGUGUGAAAUGCCAAAGCCAGCUUUCAUGAAGCAGACUCUCGGGGAGCUGGGCAUUGGCACGUACCAUGACAUUGCUUUCAUCCAUGCGGACACACCCAUCAUCAAAGCACUCAACAUCUUUGUGGAGAGACGAGUGUCUGCCCUGCCUGUGGUGGAUGAGUCUGGCAAAGUUGUGGACAUUUACUCAAAGUUUGAUGUGAUUAACUUGGCUGCUGAGAAGACGUACAACAACCUGGACAUCACAGUGACACAGGCGCUGAAACAUCGCUGUCAGUACUUCGAAGGAGUCAUGAAGUGCCACAAAAUGGAAACAAUGGAGACAAUUGUGGACAGAAUAGUCAAAGCUGAAGUGCAUCGUUUGGUGGUGGUGGACGAGCGCUCCAGCAUCGAAGGCAUCGUCUCUCUGUCAGACAUCCUCCAGGCCCUGGUGCUCAGCCCUGCAGAUGCCUGUAAGGAGGAAAACCUGACUGAGUGAGAGGGAGGAAGCAUCAGCUGGUGGAGACGUGGGAGGAAAUAAGUUCGGGGUUGGCUUGAGGUAAUAAUGUUAGUGUAGGGAGCGUGAGGUUGAGUAGAGCCAGCCUAAAGGUUCCAGCAACGCCUUCAACUGAUGCACUAAAGAGGCUUAGAAACCAAAGAGCUAGACAGCUAAAUGAAGUGGAGUUCCUGCACUGAGGUUUGAUUUAUCUGAAUUAUUUUAGUUUUUGUUUGCUUGAACACUGAUCAGAUGCGCACACACACAGUGUGUUGUAUUUCUACACACAGUCAUGCACACAGACACAGAGAUGCAUUAUGGUCACCAGCCGGGGAAAGAUGGGAAAGACUGGUUCUAAUGAGUUAGGGCUUCUGUGUUUUGGAGUGUGUAGUUGCUGCUGUAAUCUGAUUUUAUUUUUUUCACAUUUUGUAGUAUAUUACGAAGGUCAUCACCUCGGUGUUUUGGUAUAGAAAGGUGAACAUUCACAGAUGCAACUUAUGUUUGGUAGCAAAACUUUCACCUGCAAUGUGGCCAUUUUUUGACAUUUGCCAGUGCCAAUACAGAGAGAUUGAUGCACAAUCUUUAUUUGUGCCUUUUGUUUGCCUUGCCCACACCAGUUAAGUAUUUGUCUUUUGACAUUUAUUGUCAAAUAAGUGGAAUUAUUUGGAUAAAAAAAAUGUUAAUGAAUGUAUUAUAAGUAGCAAAUUCUACCUUCUAAAUCAUAUCAUUUCAUUUCCUUUUUUUUAUUAUUUUGUUGCAUUUUCUGUGUCAGAAGUGUCAAGAAUUUCAUUUGAAUAGAUCCAAUUCUGAAAAGAAAAUGCUUUCCACAGAAACACGCAGUGGUCAGAGGCAAAUACAAAUAUACAUUAAUAAGGAUCAGCCAAGAUCUAUGAGUGAGUACUUCGCACUAUGAUUUAGUCAUUGCGGCUUAAGGAUGCAUUUUUGUAAUGGUAUUACAAGACCGUCUUUUAGAUGUUUAGAAACUUUUUUUCUUUGCAUUUAUUUUCAGUUUUGACACUUCAGACAAUCUGAUACUCACAAACUUGCAAAUCAACGGUUAUCUCAGCUGUAGCUCGACAGAACUCAUCUCCAUCUUUGACUGUGUAAAUAGGAUCGUUUUCGGGAAACGUGUCUCACAAAGCUUUAUUUUUAUGAAUGUGUCAACAUGUUUAAAGAGACUGCAGUUUUAAUGUUAUUUUUGUAAAUAUAUUGUGGCAAUAUGUCCAGUUCAAAGAGACUUUGUAACAGAUCAACAUGUACUGUAAAUGUGCAAGCAUGAGAAACUACACUUCAGCAGUAUGAAUGUUCUUUGUUUUACUUUUUCUAUUUUUCUGGCUGCGGAAAAAUAAAUGGACACUGAAUGUA